ACAAUGGCUUUACUUCCGGUGGCGCUGCUUCUCAUUGCUAUGCUGCUUCCAUCUUUACCUGCUGAAGGAAAGGAUCCAGCUUUUACUUCUUUGUUAACUACCCAAACACAAGUGCAAAUGGAGAUUGUAAAUAAACACAAUGAACUAAGGAAAUCUGUCUCUCCCCCUGCCAGCAACAUGUUAAAAAUGGAAUGGAACAGAGAAGCAACACAAAAUGCCCAAAAGUGGGCAAAUAAGUGUACUUUGCAGCACAGUGGUCCAGAGGAUCGACAAACCACUACAAAAUGUGGCGAGAAUCUCUACAUGUCAAGUGACCCUGCUCCCUGGUCAACGGCAAUCCAAAGCUGGUAUGAUGAGAGCCGUGGAUUUACCUAUGGUAAAGGACCAAAGAAUCCCCAGGCAAUUGUUGGACAUUACACUCAGCUUGUUUGGUAUUCAUCCUUCCGCGUUGGAUGUGGAGUUGCCUACUGUCCCAAUCAAGACAGUCUAAAAUACUUCUAUGUUUGCCAGUACUGUCCUGCUGGUAAUAAUGUGAGUAAAAAGAAUAACCCUUACCAACAAGGAACACCUUGUGCGAGUUGCCCUAAUAACUGUGAAAAUGGACUAUGCACCAAUAGUUGCGAGUUUGAAGAUCUCCUUAGUAACUGUGAGUCCUUGAAGAGCACAGCUGGCUGUGAUCAUGAACUACUCAAGGAAAAGUGCAAGGCUACUUGCCAAUGUGAAAACAAAAUUCACUAAAAUGCCUAGUGUACAUCAGGCAGGAUUAUAUCCAAUGGCUUCAUCAUUUAGCAGAGACAUACCCAGGGAAAUUGGAGGCAUACUAAUUAGCAAUUUGAUCCCAAAUGGCAAUGUUUUUUUCUCCUGGAUCUUUACAGAAAUAUCUGUCUCCUACAGCAAUUUACAAAAGUAGCAUCAGCCACAAUAAUAGAUUUGGACUUAGAUAUCAAUUUGCUGCUUUAAGUUAAGAAUUUUUGUCAUAGAACUUCACCCAAAAAGGAGAACUACUUGUCUCCUAAAACAACAUGAUAAAAAAGAGAAAGACUGGACAUC